AUGUUCGCCCCUGGCUGUAGCCGUUUGGGAGGGCGCAGUUGUUCUGUAUUCGCGCCUCCUAACAUUCGAAGCGAUAUUGGUAUGCAGCGUCCCCUGCUUCUUAAUGGCAACCCCGGCCAGAGCACGGUGGCCGCCUAUAAAAUGGAGAUCAUUCUAGAUGGCAGUAUCUACAAACCUGGGGAUACGGUAUCCGGGACGAUUUACCUCGACUUGAUGAAACACAUGGCUUGUGACAUUAUAACGGUCAAGAUGUUUGGGCAAAUUCGUGUGUAUUGGGUGGAGGAAUCGACCACAACGUACGCGCUACGCCAGACCACUCCCUACGAACAAAAGCGAACCCUCGUCGAUCGCAGCGUCGAGCUUUGGAAGUCAAGCGACUCAGCGAUGGUGCACCGUCCUACUCUAGAUGAGAUCCGGGAUUUUGCUUCGAGCAACAAGAUCCGAGCCCCACUAAAGCGGAGCGACGAGGAAAAGGCUGGGUUUUCGGCGGGCCGCCAUCAGCUCGAGUUCUCCUUGGACCUCCCAAAAGCGGGUCUACUCUCGACAUUCGAAUCCAGGGACAGUGCCGGAUCGGUUCAAUAUUGGGUUGAGGUAGUAGCACAUUUCGGAAACCGGCCGAUGAUCAAGCGGAAGGUGUUGUUCCCCGUCGUUGUCGAUGUCGACCUCAAUCUAAACCCAGAAUUGGCCAAUCCGGCCCUCGAGAAGACGUCGUUCAGGACGUCGAGUGGCCACGUCGACGUGACGAUGUCGAUCCCAAAAACGGGAUUCACCCCGGCUGAGCCGAUCGAGGCUGAAAUCAGCGUUGUCAAUGGCUCCAAAAAGUCGAUCAAAUACUGCACGCUGAAUAUCUUGCAACGGCACAGCUGCAUCGCCCAGGAACCGUCGGUGGCUGUGAAGGAGACUGUAUACAAUACACCAGGCUUUGCCAUGCCGAUGGAGAAGAUCAAGGCCGGGGCCAGCCAUACCUACCAAACCAAUGGGAGAUUUCGGGUUCCAGCCCUGCCGUUGGCGGCUACGGUCCCCGACUUCCUGGUAGUCGAGUACUUCCUCCAACUCGUCCUCGGCUACGAGCGCGGAAAGCGUGGUGCCAGCUUUGGGUAUUUGCAGAUUCCAAUCCAAAUUGGGACUCGGCCGAUUCGAGACGGAAGCGAGCCAGGGGGUGAGGAUCCGUUCGAAGAUGGAACGCACCCGAGCGCGCCGCCCUCAGACAUUCCACCAGUUUAUGGUACCUAUGAAUUCGCCAACGACUCCGCCCACCCACCCAGCUAUGAAGAGAUCACCGCCUUGCCGUCGAAGACCGACCUGAAGUUCAUG